AUGGCUGUUCCAGAUACGCCUAAUCCUUUAUUGACCAAGAAUAUGUCUGAGGGCACCAAUAACAGCAGUAUUACUGCCACCAAUAUCGUUGCUAGCUUCGGUAGCAGUAGCAACGCAGGCAUUGGCAGAAGUCUUCUCACAGAUACUUCUGAAACCACCCAGGAGCCAGGUUCGGAUGGGUUGAAUGCGGUGGAGCUGGGUUCGGACAGGUCAGGUGCGGCAAAGCCAAGUUCGGAGGGGUUGGGAGCGGUGAGAGUGGUGCGGCUGGAUGCGUGGGCGGCAUAUGUGGUGGCAGCACAGCCGCAUGUGCUGGUGAUUCACACGGGAGGCGCGUGGGUGGGGCUGCAGCAGCGAUGGCAGGAGCAUAGGGCGCCAAUACAUGCUUCUCAGGAGGAGCAGAAGGGGCAGGAGGGGCAGGAGGAGGGGCAGAAGGGGCAGGAGGGGCAGGAGGGGCAGAGUGCAGCGAAUGAAUCAAAGGUUUUUGCUGCUGUGGCUGGUAAAGGAGUUGAGGGAGGGAUGCGUGAGGAGAAAUUGGGAGCAGAAGGCAAGGUGGAGGCUGGUGGGGGAAAGGGGAAGGCUGGAGGCGGAAAUGGGGAGCCUGGUGGGGGAAAAGGGGAGGUUGGUGGGGGAAAGGGGAAGGCUGGAGGGGGAAAGGGGGAGCCUGGUGGGGGAAAAGGGGAGGUUGGUGGGGGAAAGGGGAAGGCUGGAGGGGGAAAGGGGGAGCCUGGUGGGGGAAAAGGGGAGGUUGGUGGGGGAAAGGGGAAGGCUGGAGGGGGAAAUGGGGAGCCUGGUGGGGGAAAAGGGGAGGUUGGUCAGGGAAAGGGGAAGGCUGGUGGGGGAAAAGGGGAGGCUGGUGGGGGAACUGGGGGGAAUGGCGGGGGGGAUAAGGGGAUGGGUGAAAAGGCAAAGGGAAAGGGUGGGGGGAAGAAGGGGAAUGGUGGGGAGAAGAGGGGGAAUGGUGGGGAGAAGAAGGGGAGUGGCAGGGAGAAGAAGGGGAGUGGCGGGGAGAAUAGGGGGAAUGGUGGGGAGAAUAGGGGGAAUGGUGGGGAGAAUAGGGGGAAUGGUGGGGAGAAUAAGGGGAAUGGUGGGGGGAAUAGGGGGAAUGGCGGGGAGAAUAGGGGGAAUGGUGGAGAGAAUAAGGGGAAUGGUGGGGAGAAGAAGGGGAAUGGUGGAGGGAAGAAGGGGAAUGGUGGAGGGAAGAAGGGAAACAGUGGGGGAAAUGGAGUCGAUGGCAACAUGUCGAUACUUGAUGGAAUGGACUGUGCGGAUGAAGCAGGGUCCCUUGGUAGCAUGGACGGAUCAGAUGCAGCGGAGGGGGGUUCAGGUGAGGCAGUGGGUGGAUCGAAAUUGGAGGAAGGUGAUGUGAGAUUAGAGGGGGAGCAGCAGACAGGCGGAAGCUUUAUGGCGGAUGAAGCUGACAUAGUCCUAGAGGAAAUGUCCGAAGCGAGCUCUUCAGUCGGUCGGGGCAGCUUCCUUGAUGAGGAUAGGGCGGUGGAAAAUGAUGAAGUGCCGGAGCAGCAGCAGCAGGGCGGUAGUGUCAUGGCGGACAAAGGUGACCAAGUCCAAGAGGAGAUGUCUGAAGGUAGACUCUCAGAAGGAGAAGUGAUGCCUUCAGUCAAUCAAGUUACGUUUGAUGAGGAGGGUGAAGCGGCGAAAGAGGAUCCAGUGCAGGAGAAGGAUAACGAAUCUCAUGUUGUUACAGGUGCAGAGAAUGACGAGGAAGUUCGUGGGGAGGAUGUGCAUCACGAGGCUGCUAAUAAGGAGGAUGAGUCACCUGGAGGGCCUAGUGUGCUCCCACCUAACCUGCUUGACUCGGUUGACUUUCUUGACCCGGUAGCAGCUUUCACCAAGACCCUUCCACCUGGAGAGCCUUGUGUGAUUCCACCUGAUCUGCUUGCCUCGGUUGACUUUCUUGACCCGGUAUCAGCAUUCACCAAGACCCUCCGCAUGCUCCACCAUUUCCUCUCCUCCCAACCCACCGCCGAAUCCCUCCCAACUUUCUUUCUCGGGCUGCCCCGAGAACAUUAUUUCCGGGCAGACCAGGGCAACCAUACCUCGCUCUGCCUACCAGACGACGCCACAUGUAAAGAAAACGGACAGUGUAACUUGUUUUCGAGGCCGAGAGAGUGGUUGGAAGAGGGAGGGGAGGAGCACGCACACCAGCAACGGUGGCAGCGGUGGCGGUGGCGGCAGGAGAGGGAGAGGAGGGAAAGGAGGAGGGAGUGGGUGCAGUCGAGUGUGGGGCAGAUGGAAAGGGUGGUUGAGAGGGAGAUUGGGAUGGGAGACAGGGUUGUGUUGCUGCAAGCAGGGGGGUUAACCGAUGCUCGUGUUGAUGCUCAUGUGGGCUCUUCCCUCCCUGCAGAAAUGCACCAAAGCGUCGCCGCUAUGCCACCACAAGCUGGCAGGACGCCGUGGGGGGAGGGCAGCAGCGGGGGGAGAUUUUCCCCCUCGCAUCGCCAAUUUCCUCCCCAAAAUCCCCUUUCCCCCCUUCCCCCCGUGGCCUUUUCCUUCCGCAGACCAAAGCGCCGCCGCUAUGCCACCACGAGUUGGCAAGACGCCGCGGGGGAGGAAGGAGCUGAGGGGGAGGGGGACGCAUCUUGCCCCCUCAACCAUUCCUUUCCCCCGUUUAUUUCCUAA